GGACGUCCGUGCGCGUAAAGGUUCCAGGGAGAUAUUUUUUUUGGCUUAUCUAUCUUUUAGUCUCUUUCGCAUACAACCAGUCACUAUGAAAGAGGUUACCGCAGGCCCAUCGUCAACCAGUCUUGUCACCAUCGAUGACCCAUCGGUGGAAAACAUGACCUCCAGAGACUACUAUGCCGACUCCUACGCGCACUUUGGUAUCCAUGAAGAGAUGUUAAAAGAUUCUGUUCGAACUGGGUCGUAUCGCGCAGCAAUCGUGAAUAACGGUCAUCUCUUCAAAGGAAAGACCGUGUUGGACGUUGGAUGUGGUACAGGUAUCCUCAGCAUGUUUGCUGCAAAAGCUGGCGCCAGCCAUGUUGUUGGAAUCGACAUGUCCAACAUCAUUGACCAAGCUCAGAACAUCAUCGAAGCAAAUGGUUUCAAAGAUACCAUUACCUUGGUGAAAGGCAAACUUGAAGAAGCAGAACUUCCAUUAAAAGAAUUCGAUAUCAUCAUCUCCGAGUGGAUGGGCUACUUCCUUCUGUAUGAGUCUAUGCUCGACACCGUCCUCCUUGCACGUGACAAGUACCUCAAACCAGGAGGUCUCAUCUUCCCUGACAAUGCCAGCCUAUACUUGGCUGCGAUCGAGGAUCAGGAUUACAAGGAUGAAAAGAUCAACUUCUGGGACAACGUGUACGGCUUCGAUUACUCGUGCAUCAAGGACAUCGCGUUACGCGAACCAUUGGUAGACACCGUAGAGCUAAAAUCAGUUAACACUAACCCUUGUAUGAUCAAGAAAAUAGAUCUGCUGACCGCCAAAAAAGAAGAUUUGGCAUUCAGUGCGCCUUUCAGUCUGACAGCAACCCGUAAUGAUUACAUCCACGCCUUCCUUGCUUGGUUCGACAUCUCAUUCGAAUGCACGCACAAAAAGGUCCAAUUCUCCACCGGGCCCCAUGCACAGUACACGCAUUGGAAACAAACUGUGUUCUAUACCCCAUCAACCGUCACGAUCAGCGAAGGUGAGGAGAUCACUGGAACCCUGACCUGUUCGCCAAAUGCGCGGAACAACCGUGACCUUGAUAUCACGAUAUCGUACCAAACAUCUAACGCCAAUGAAAAAACUGUACACUAUAAAAUGUCUUGAUUACUGUUAUCUCCACGGUAUUUGCAUCGCCACGUCAUGCCUCAUAUCCGUAUUUACUCGAUCGAUAUCCGCAUCUCAAUAUCCCCUUCGUGCACAUCACACUGUUAAAAAUAACCACGCCUGCAGGUAUUAAAAUCGUGUUUCCCUACAUGCAGAGAUCGUAGCCAUAGAGCUGUAGCCUUGAUACCGCCAUAUUGUUAUGCUUUGAUUAGCUGAAAUGUUUUUUGUGUCUUGCAGGAAUGCACUCAUACAUGUCUGUGCAA